AGCACUUGCAGACACUACAAAUCUGUCUUCUAGUCAGUUACACUUUAACAAUGUCCCUUAGGAGCUGCUCUGAGUAUUCUGUUCUGGCCAUAUUUCCUCUGGCAGUAUGUAGCUUAGUUGUGAAUAUACUUCUCUACUUUCCCAAUGGGGAUACUACUUAUGCUGGAAGCAAUCAGCUCACUAAUUACGUAUGGUUUUUUGAAGGGAUCUGCUUUGGUGGUAUAAUGAUGAUCAUAGUAGCUGCUGUCCUCCUGCUGGUGGAUUUCUAUAAGUGCGGUACAUCAUUUGGUGCCAGAACUAAAGGAUGCUCAAGACUGGGAUCAAUAGGAUUUGCACUACUGGGUGUGCUGUUUUCUGGAUAUUCUCUCAUCAUCUCAUCACUGGGAUUAGCACAAGGUCCUUACUGCAUGACGGUCACUGGAUGGAGUUACCCCUUUACAGCAGGAAGCUAUCUUGUGGAUUAUUCUACCUGGUCUCAGUGCCUUGAACCACCCUAUGUGGUGGAAUGGAAUGUCAUUUUAUUCUCUAUCCUAAUUGUGCUCAGUUCGCUUCAAGUGAUAAUCUGCUUAGGUAAAGCAAUACUGGAUGUCAUAGCUAUGCUCUGUGGAACACACAGGAUCUUAAUAGAGCCUCACUCCAUAUGAUGAGACAUGAAGAAUGUACAGUAUAUCUAUAUUUGGAUCUUGCUAAUCCAGGAUUCUCUGGAGAAAUACAUGACGUUAAGACUACACAGACCAUCUAUCUAUCUAUCUAUCUAUCUAUCUAUCUAUCUAUCUAUCUAUCUAUCUAUCUAUCAUCAUUUAUUUUGUUAAUAAUUUUACAAAAGUGAAUUUCUAAAACUAGGUUUACUUGCAUUAUACUGCAUACAGUAUGUAAUGUUCAUGUUUGAUUGGUCUGUAAUUUAACUCAAUACAUUUCAUUGCUUAAUACUGA